CAGAGACGAUGCCAGUGUGUGACAAUGUAUUGGUGCGUAUAUGAAAAAAAGCAUAUAAUAUUGCAGUGUAUGCUAGUUUUGUUUGAGCGUCAUUUCAGUGAAGUGUUACUUGAAAUAACUAACAAAUAAUCAAACUAUUUUGAAAUUUAGAAAAGAUUUAAAGGUAAGUGUAAAAACAUUGCUUACUAUUAUAGUUAAUAGUUAUAUUAUUAUUCUAUGAAAAACAAAUUUAAUUCUUUUAGUGACGAUUUAAAAAAUGGAUUCAGAGCCUGAUUCAUCGCAAGAUCCAACAGAUACCCAACGCAGUAGUUUGCAACAUUUGGUCUCUCAUGAUGUUUUUUCUUUUGGCGUGGCUUGUGAAUUACCUGAUAUUAAUCUGUCAACAAAACGAGAUAUAUUGAAGUAUUAUUUUUUCUUGGCCGAACGUUCAAAAGCCCUAAGCAAAAUGUUUUCGUAUAAAACACUUACUCCCCAAGUAGCAGACAGAUUGUUCGAAAUUUGGAGUCAACUUAAUAUUGAACUUAUACUCAAAGGUAGCAUCAUUAGAAAAUUGAAUGCUUUCAUUGACGCAUAUUAUAAUGCAGUUAAACAACGAGUAAAACGCGCAACAGAAUUCCAAAAGUUCGUAGAAUCAACAAACGAAUUAUUCAACAUUGGAAAAUGUAAAUGCAACUUGAAAGAAAACGACUGCUCAUGUGGAUCUAUCCCAGAAAACUUAAAAGAUUUCAUGCGCGAUCAAUAUAAUGACAGAAUACAAACGAUACCGGAACACGAUAGUGGAAGUGAAGAGACGAUACCAACGACUAUACCAACAAUCCCAGUGAGCAACGAUCCUACAUACACACCAGAUGAUGACGAAAUGGAAGUUGAUGUGAGAGGAGUUUCAGAAUUAGUUCUAUCACCACAAACAUACACUCACAGAUACAAUACUAAAAACUAUGCAAUGAUGUGUGACAGAUUUGGUGUGCCUGAUAGAAUGGGAUCAGCAUUGGCAACAGCUCUGAUGGAAGACCUGGGCGUAAAAGAUGCUCAUGACAAUCUUGUCAUCAUGGAUAAAAGUAAACUUCGUAGAGAAAGAGAAAAAUGGAGACAAGAUGCACUUCGUAAGCGGUAUGAUGGCUCGAAUUUGAUAUCAUUUUCAUUCGACGGCAGAAAAAAUGAUGCUCUAACUUUAGAAAAAAUUGAUGAGAAGUUGCAUCCAAGGAUGGUUAAAGAACCUCAUCUAGUUGUUUUGAGGGAACCAAAUUCUCAAUUGAUAGGCUACACAAAAGUAGAAAGUGAAACUGCGGAAAGCAAAGUCAACAAAUUGAUCGAAUUCUUCCAAGAAAAACAACUGUCUCUCGAUUCAUUAAUUGCCAUAUGCUCUGAUGGUGAACCAACAAAUACUGGCGUACACGGUGGAGUUUUGCGACUAUUCGAAAAACUGUUAAAGAGACCACUGCACUGGUUUGUGUGUCUUCUGCACUUUAACGAGCUUCCGUUCAGACAUUUGUUUGACACUUUAGACAAAUCAACCACCACUGGACCACGAUCAACUACCGGAAAGUUGAGCUCAAAAAUUGCUGAUUGUGAAAAGCUUCCGGCGGUAAUCGAUUUUGAGCAAAUCGCUUUGGAAAAUAUGCCUCCUGGUGAAAUAAAUGUAGAUGAAUUAUCUACCGAUGCGAAAUACUUAUACCAAAUGGCCCGUGCGAUUUCUAAUGGUGAGAUUCCGGCGGAUUUGGCCAACAACAAACCAGGAGGAAUUGCACAUUCUCGUUGGCUCACCAAGGCCAAUAGAUUAUUACGGUUGUAUGUGACAACUAAUAAUCCAACUCAAAAUUUAAAAAUUCUGGCUAACUAUAUAAUAAAAGUAUACACGCCAAUGUAUUUCAAUGUUAAGUAUUAUAGCUCUGCCGUAUACGGUAGUACAUUACUUUUUAAAUUUAUUACUUGGACCCGAUUUUUACCAUCGAAUUUACGUCAAGUUGUAAAUACAGUAAUUCAAGAUAAUGCAUAUUUUGCACACUCAGAAAAUAUCUUGCUAUCUAUGUUGUUCGAUGAUAGAAUGGAAAAACGAAACAUUGCUAUCAAGAAGAUUUUACAUUACCGAAGAGAUAUUGUCGACCCAACGGAACUUAGAGUUUAUAAAAAACCUCUUAUAAACUUUAAUUGUACGGAAUAUACAAAUAUGAUUGAUUUAAAUGACGAUACCAUUUUAUUCGAACCACCGUUUACGCAAAGUCAUUCGUAUGAACAUUUGGAGGGAUAUUUAAAUUACGAAGAGCCACCAUUCGAUGAUCCACAAAUUCCUUUACACAUCCAAGGAACGGAAAGACAUAUCCAAUUGCUGGCUGCCACUGCUAAACGAGUUGCAGGAAAGAAUGUAGAAGGCGCUAUGGCGACGACAUUAGAGAGCCGUGAGAAAACACCCAGACUUGAAAGCAAACAAGACUUUCAGAAAAAAUAAUGUUUUUUUUCACAUUUUUUCUUUUACUACACUCAAAUUGAAUAUUUUUUUUUUGAUUAUAGGUUGAUAGAUACUUUAUUAUCUCUUAAUUUGAAUUUUUGUAGAAAAAAAAAUAAAAAGGGGAAAAAAAAUCAAAAAGUUGGUUUUAUGUGUUAUUUUGUUUUAGCAAUAUCGCCUGAACUAAUCAACCGAAUUCGAUAAAUUUGGGCUUAAACUCUUCGUUUUGAAUUGUAAAUUGAAUAAAAUAAUGGAUUGAGCCUAAAAAAUGGCCAUGAAAGUAAUAUUUUUGGACAAAAUCAUGAAAAAAAUGGAAAAAUGGUUCAAAAUUUGGACAAAAAUGCCCGUAACUUUUGAACCGUAGGACCAAUGUUGGAGGUUUUGUUUUGUAAAUUGAUCAGAAUGAGCUCACCUUUCCAACGCGCCUACUGGCGAUUAGAUCCGAUCGAUAGUUUUUGAGUUAUGGAUGUGAACGUGUAGGUAACAUUUCUUACGAACGUCAAUUUUGGAAAAAAAUCUACCUACAAAAAGUAGGGGACUCGAUUUUAACGAUAGAGGUAUGGUUCCUUGGGCAAAUUUUCUUGAAAUAACCCAUAGAAUACGGAAAUCAUAGGGAAAUUGUCGAAUUUUUUCACUCCCUACAAAUCGACCCGCCCUA